AUGGGUAUCCCCACCCUUAUUGGCCCACCUGAACUCUACAUCCCCAAAACCACUCCAAUUGUAACCCAAAUUGCCCCAACCCCAACUCCAAUUGUAACCCAAAUUGCCCCAACCCCAACCCCAACACCAACACCAACACCAGAAGUCACAAGCACCAUUCCAAAUGAUCCCUUCAUGGAUCAAAUGGUGUCCAAAUUCAACACCAUAUCAACUGAACCACCCCCAAACAUGACCCUUACGGAAAACUUGUCCCCAACAUUUCUGACCACAGGGAACCCAUGUCUGGACUUCUUCUUCCACGUGGUUCCCGACACCCCACCGGAGUUGCUCUUCCAAAGACUCGAACUUGCGUGGGCCCACGACCCCCUCACCACCCUAAAACUCGUCUGCAACCUCCGUGGCGUCCGCGGCACCGGCAAGUCCGACCGCCGGAACUUCUAUGGCGCCGCGAUCUGGCUCCACCGCCAUCACCCCAAAACCCUCGCUGCCAACGUCCCCUCCCUCGCGGAUUUUGGAUACUUCAAGGACCUCCCCGAAAUCCUCUACCUCCUCCUAGAAGGUUCCCAAGCCCGCCAAAUUCAGAAUGAAGCGUGGGAAAUGAAAAAACGUGGGCCCGGCAAGAUCAUACCAUAUAAGACCCAGAAGAAGCGGAAGGGGGAGACGGAGGCUUUAGACCAAAGGAUCGACGCGGCGAAGGUCAAAGAAAUUGCGCAUGUUGCUAGAGAAGAGAAAAGGGUGGCAUUGGCGAAGAAGCUCGUCGAUCGUUAUACGAGCGACCCAGAUUUCCGAUCCCUUCACGAUCGUGUCUCUGAUUAUUUUGCUGAGUGUUUGAGGGAGGAUCUCGAGUUUUUGAAAUCUGGGUCCGUGACAAAAGUCAGUCUUGCCGCGAAAUGGUGUCCCUCUGUGGACUCAUCUUUCGAUCGUCACACUUUGUUGUGUGAAACUAUUGCGAAGAGGAUUUUUCCUCGUGAGGAUUAUAAUGAGUAUGAGGGGGUUGAGGAGGCACAUUAUGCUUACAGAGUUCGCGAUCGGUUGAGGAAGGAGGUGUUGGUGCCUCUGAGGAAGGUAUUGGAGUUGCCUGAAGUGUUCAUAGGGGCCAAUCGUUGGGAUUUGAUUCCUUACAAUAGGGUUGCCUCUGUGGCUAUGAAGUUUUAUAAAGAGAAGUUUGUGAAGCAUGAUGGGGAGAGGUUUGGGGCUUACUUGUCGGAUGUGAAGUCAGGGAAGAGUACUAUUGCUGCUGGUGCUUUGCUUCCGCAUGAGAUCAUAGAUUCAUUGAAUGAUAGCGAUGGUGGGGAAGUGGCUGAAUUGCAGUGGAAGAGGGUGGUGGAUGAUAUGAUGAAGAAAGGGAAGAUGAAGAAUUCUUUGGCUAUUUGUGAUGUCUCAGGGAGUAUGUGGGGGCUGCCCAUGAAGGUGUGUGUGGCAUUGGGGUUGUUGGUGUCUGAGUUGUCUUUGGAGCCCUGGAAGGGGAAGGUUAUGACUUUCGCUGCUGACCCUCAUCUUCAUUUGAUCGAAGGGGAUGAUCUCAAGUCCAAGACUGAGUUUGUGGAGAAUAUGCAAUGGGGGGGAAACACUGAUUUUCAGAAGGUGUUUGAUAUCUUGUUGGAGGUGGCUGUGAGUGGGAAUCUGAGGCCGGAUCAGAUGAUAAAGAGGUUGUUUGUGUUCAGUGACAUGGAGUUUGAUGAAGCCUCAAGCAACCGUUGGGAGACUGAUUACCAAGCAAUCACUAGGAAGUUUGGGGAGAAAGGGUUCGGUGAUGCUGUGCCUCAGAUAGUUUUUUGGAAUCUGAGAUACUCCAAGGCCACCCCAGUGCCAUGCACUCAGAAAGGAGUGGCACUGCUCAGUGGGUUUUCUAAGAAUUUACUCACAUUGUUCUUGGAUAGGGAGGGGGAGCUCGACCCUGCAGAAACCAUGGAAUUAGCAAUUGCUGGGCCUGCAUAUCAGAAACUAGUUGUACUGGAUUAG